AUAUGUACAUAUAUAGUAGGUCAGAGUUGUAUGAACUUUUUGGAGUAAGUAAGCACUGGUGACUAUUCUGAAUAGGUGCAACAAUUUCUAUUUUCUGAUUGUGAUUAAAUACAUAGGUGUCAAAGGAUAUUGUUCAUCACAUUAUAGUUUUCUGCCUAAAAGUAGUGUUUGUAUGUGAAGAAAGCAUGCCAAGAAUGAUUUUAAGAUUCUAGUGUGUUUUAUAAUUAUAAUAGGAAAGGAAAACAGUAUAUUAAAAAGUGCUUUUCUAGCACAGGUAGAUUUUAUAUGCAAAUAAUAGACAUAGAAAAUGUGAAAUUUUUUUGUUAUGUCUCUUUUGACAGAGUUGGGCAGAUUUGAGGCUAAUUUUGUCUAUUUUGUUUUUUGUCACUAGGCUCUACAUUCAAGCCUGGUGCAAAAAAAAAAAUUUACAAUGCAAGCAUUCUGAGUUUAAAAGUUUCUUUUCCAGCCCUUCUAAUAAAGCACAUCUCAUUUCUCUUGAGUUUUCUUAAAUUCUAGCAGUGACAUUUAGAUUGGGGAAAGAUACAUGUUUACUUUUAAACGGAGGAAAGUCGGUUUAAAAGAAAUCUUGUAAUUACAAUCUACCAUGGGAUCUUAUAUAGCAAGGAAAAUAUAGAAUUGGGUGCAUUUCCAGUUAGAAGGGUUGUGAACUUCUGAUUUGGAGGGAUUUGAGGACCCAGAUUGUUGGGGGGCAAUAUGCUGACUCUGUAAACCUCUUAGAGAGGGGCUGUAAAGCACCAGGAAGCAGUAUAUAAAACUCUAAAGUACUAUUGCUGUUGCUAUUUGGGACACUCUUAAGAUGCUUCCUUUACAAAAAGCCUUCUGCCCUGGCGAACUGGCCUCCUCCUCUCAGGGGCGAGUUUAACUCCUCUCUCUCUCUCUUUCUCAUGGCCGUGGGGUAGCGUUUGUCACAAUGGGCUGGUUUCCCCUCUUGUUAUAAGCGGAGCAACUGCUAAGCACAAAAAGAGAUUAAUAACGCGGUUGGCUUAACCAUCAGCCAGAUAUGUCCAAAGACACGAAUCUGCCUAUUGGAGCAAGGCAUCUGCGGGAAAUACCCGCUUCUUUCGUUCACGGAGGAAGUUCUGUGAAGGGUCCCGUUAAAUUCCGUUUCUCAACAGCUCUCCGGAGGUCUCCCCGGAGGGAGAGCGAGGGAACAAGGCACCCUUCUCUUGUGAAUUUCGAAGUAGAGGGAGGCCGUCCCGAAGACGGAACUCUAAAAUACCGUAUCCCUGCAAAGGAUGGCUGCGGAAACUCAUAAAAUCUCAUCAUGGGAGCUGUGGCGAUCGAUGACAGUCCAUCUGGAGUUAAAGCCCCAGAUGGUGGCUGGGGCUGGGCUGUACUCUUUGGGUGCUUUGUCAUCACUGGAUUCUCCUACGCCUUUCCGAAGGCCAUGAGUGUCUUCUUCAAGGAACUUAUCCGGGAGUUUCAUGUUGGAUAUAGUGACACAGCAUGGAUUUCCUCUAUUUUGUUGGCUAUGCUUUAUGGAACAGGUCCCCUAUGCAGUGUGUGCGUCAAUCGGUUCGGCUGUCGUCCUGUAAUGUUGACUGGAGGCUUCUUUGCCUCAGCUGGGAUGAUCAUUGCUUCCUUCUCCACUAAUAUCAUUCAGAUCUAUCUUUCUGCUGGUGUCAUUACUGGAUUGGGCCUGGCCCUUAAUUUCCAGCCAUCCCUUAUCAUGCUGAAUCGCUACUUUAGCAAAAGACGGCCUUUGGCCAAUGGGUUGGCUGCAGCUGGAAGCCCUGUGUUCCUCUGUGCUCUUUCCCCCCUGGGGCAGGUACUGCAGCAUCAAUAUGGAUGGCGAGGGGGAUUUCUCAUCUUGGGGGGAUUGCUUUUGAACUGCUGUGUUUGUGGAGCUCUGAUGAGACCUUUGGAAGGCCCCAAAAACCAGGAAGCUUUGAAACCAACUGAGGAACGCAAGAAAAAACUAUUGGAUUUCACCGUUUUCAAAGAUACCGGCUUUGUCAUCUAUACAGUGGCUGCAUCCAUUAUGGUACUAGGCUUAUUUGUGCCUCCAGUUUUUGUAGUGAGUUAUGCUAAGGAUCUAAAGUAUGAGGACACCAAAUCCGCUUUUCUUCUGACAAUUCUUGGCUGCGUGGAUAUUUUUGCUCGACCUCUUUGUGGAAUACUGGCUGGGCUGAAGUGGGUUAGGCCCCGCUGUGUCUAUUUCUUCAGUUUUGCUAUGUUUUUUAAUGGUUUCACUGAUCUCAUGGGCUCCUUUUCUUCCGAUUAUGGUGGCCUGGUGGUGUUCUGCAUCUUCUUUGGCAUUUCCUAUGGAAUGGUUGGUGCUCUUCAGUUUGAAGUUCUCAUGGCUAUUGUUGGUACCCAGAAGUUUUCAAGUGCCAUUGGCUUAGUUCUUUUGGCUGAGGCAGUGGCUGUUCUAGUUGGCCCACCUUCAGCAGGCAAACUCCUGGAUGCAACUCACAAGUACAUGUAUGUUUUUAUUUUGGCUGGUACUGAAGUCGUUACCUCCUCUGUGGUGCUGACUUUAGGAAAUGUCUUCUGCAUCAAAAAACCUGCGGAAACACACCAAAAUCAUCCUGAAAUAGAAGGGUUAAAUCAACUACCGGGAGAAUCCAAAGUGGACUCUAUUGAAGUGGAACGUUUUUUGAAAGAUGAAAAAAAUGGGAAAGUUGUAACCAACCCAGAAACAUGUGUGUGAAUGUUACCAGAAAUGAAUGCCAAACAUUUAGUGAGAUUCAGAAACUUUUAAUAUUUGUAUUUAUUUUGGUAAUAAGCUUUGCUUAGGAUUGGGCCAUUAGGUUUGAGAACUAGUGAUCAACAAGCUCAUGCAAUCACUUCUUGGAAGCUGAUUUGUUAAGAAGCUUUUCUCCCUAUUUUAAAAGAAGGAUUGAUCUUCAGGUUAAUUUGCUUGGGCGUAACUACUGCUGUAAACUAAACCAUGGCCUUCUAAACACACAUAGGGAUCCUGCUUUGCACUACCAGAACACAUUCUCUGGAAUGGAAGUAUUUUAGUUAGAAGAAUGAAUGUGUAAAUGUUCCUGUAAUGCAGAUGACAUACUUACUGUUUUUGUAUCUAUAGAAUCUUAAAGUAUCUUCCAUGACUGUGUCUGAUUUAAAGGGAAUAAUUACCAAGAGAUCAACCCUAUUUUUAAUCUUAUAGGAUGCUGAAUUUUAAAUAAUGUUGGUUUCACCAAUAUAUUUUUAUGUAUUUAUAUUGUUUGCAUCAUCUUUUUUUACUUUAAAGAUUAUACAUGCAGAAGCAAGUUAUUGUGACGUUUCCUGGGGGGAAAAAAAUCAAACAAAUAUUCUCAAAUGGAGGUCAAAACAGAAUGAACUGUGAUUAGUUUUCAUAGGACAACAGACUGAAGAGCUAUUUCAGUCUCUCUUAAUUGCCUGCUGAUUUUCAAUUUUAACUGCAGGCUCUUAUGAACAUGCCUUACACUAAUGAUUUGUAAAACUUUCUAUGACCCAGGAACAGCAGAUGGGUAUGUUAGCUGUCAACAUUUGUGUAGUGACAGAGAUGUAUAUAUCUUUUUGUCUAGCCGUAUUUUUAUAAAGUAGAAAAAUUAUUUCUAAACAUUUUAUCAUGCCCAUUAUAUAAAUUACAAGGGAUUAAUGGAGUUGGCAGUUUUGAUGACUUGAAGGAAAUAAUGUGAGGAAAUAAUGUAGUGUAGGAGAAAGGAAGUAAAAGAUUCUUUUUGUCACCCAAAGUCUUCUAAGAAACAUUCACACUACAACUUAUGCCUUCUGUUGCUUGGGGUAGUGGAAGCUAGCCCCACAGUGUUUCAUUAGGGGGCAAGAGUGGCUGAAAUUUUUCCACAAGCAAAGAACUCAUGAGAUCCCUCUAUUCUCAAGGACACCAGUGGAAGCAAAGUUAUUAUUCAGGUUUUAUGUUAAUUAAAUGUGUUGAUUGUCCAUUUAUCCCAAUGAUGAUGGAUUUUUUUCUGCUGCUCCUCUGAACAGUUCUUUAAAGUGACCUAUUGACUUGGAAGGCUAAUUGUGAUAUUCCUUAGCUAAGCUGCAAAAUUUCAUAUGCUCCCUAGAGAAAUGUUAGGUUUUUGUAUCUCUUUGCUACCAUCCAGCUGAUAUUUGAGACUUUCACAAGAAUUUCCAGAGAACAGCAGGUUCUUAGUCCUAAAAGAAUUUGAGAAGUUAGACGUUUCCUGAAGAUGGGUUCCACCAUGAGUCUGAAAGCUCGGAAGAUAUAAUUUCUGGUCCUGGUGACUGAUCCAGAUUGGAUCCUGCAACAUUAUCCUGGGACACGUAUAUCCGCCUUCAUUCGCUAAAUGAAUUACUUUCUCUAGAUAAAGCAGUCAAAUGAGUUUAUGCAUUACUUGAGUUAUAUAUGCUAGAUGCCAUUUAUUGUCAGAUGCCAAUAUAAGAUCCCUACCAUGGUUUAGAUAAGGAUUACAGGUGCUCCAGGUAAGCAAAUUGGGCUGCUUGGUCAACCCAGUAUUAUACCAACUAGCCAGGGAGAGCAACUUGGCAAAAGUAUUUGUGCCCUACUUCCUGGCAUAGAAUUUGAUAUUUCCAGUCUUACAACAAUUUUAGAGGAUGUCUUUCAACCCCAAUCAAUCUGGCCACAAAAUAGCGGGUCCCAUUAUCUGGAGAAUGGCAUGUUGUCUACCAUUUCUGCCUAUCAUAUACAUGUGAAAGAAUCUAUGCUCUGAAGGGAAAUUUCUUUGUAAUAGUCCAGUCAACACUGUGACCUUCAAAAGUUAUGCAAUUAUGCUUCCCAGUCAACACAGUUGAUUCUGGAAAUUCUAAUUUCAACACAACUGGAGGGAACCAAAUGCGGAAAGACUGGUUUACUAGUUCACUAAUGUCAGGAGAAAAAUGUGCUAAUAUCUUCAUGUUUACCUGGGAACACUGGAAAUGAUUAGUGGUAGAAUUUUGUCAGUUUCUCUACUGGCAGACAAUUUGUGUAGAAUAAUUUCUGUUGUUAUAUUUCUUUUUAACUUGCAUCUUAAAUCCAAAUUGUUAUUUCUUAUGUGGUUACCAAAGAUAAAAUAUUUUUCUUUAAGAUAUUUCGGUAAUAUUAAAAUACCAAACAGAAAUACUGACAGAUCUGAUCAAUUUCUGUCAUAAUAUUUAACCCAAAGAUGAAAACUGCUUACUUUUUCAUAUUGUUACUUUUGAUAGAAACUUCAUUUUUUUGUGUGUAUUUAGUAGCGAGGGCAUAUGGUCAAAGCCUAGCAGAAUUACAAUAUAGAAUUUGAUCAAUAUUUGCUUACACAGAUUGGAAAUAUAAAUCAACCUAUUUUUAUCAAAUAAGAUUUUAUCAAAUAAGUUCAGUGUUAGCAGCUUAUAGAGCAACUCAGAUGAUGCUAAAAUGCUGCAAUGAUAUUAUCAAGCAAAUACCAUUGUAAUGUAUUUGAGUUUUGACAACCAACCUAAGGUUGUUAAGUUAUGGCAUUCGUAUGAUGACAUUAACAUAUGCCAUCACUUCCUCCUCCUCCUGGCCAUGGACAACUAUGUUCAAGGUAGCAAAAUAUUAUUUAGGUUGGAGAAUUGUUGCACUACUUUCAAAGGCAAUUCAAAAAACCUGGCCUUGGAAAGUUUCCCAAGAAUUGCAACAAAUGGGUCACCCACCUCCUUCAACAAAAAACAAAACAUUAUUGUGCCCUUUUUCAUAUAUUUGGAUGUAGUGAGAAAUGAAUGUUUGGUGUCUAUCUCAUGUAAUUGAAUUAAACCCAAUUUAAAAGG